CCAUGCUUUCUCCCUUUCUGCUUUUCCUCCCAUCAUAUACAACGCGCAAAUUUUAGGAGGAGCUCGAUCUGUUCCUGAAGCACCCAAUAAGCGAAAACCUUUCUUGGAUCUCUCUGGAAUUGGGAAACUGAGUUAGUUUUUCUCUGGACAACGCUCAAGCCCCCAUGUCGACUCCGGCGAGGAAGAGGUUGAUGAGGGACUUUAAGCGGCUACAGCAGGACCCACCUGCCGGCAUCAGUGGGGCGCCGCAAGACAACAACAUCAUGCUCUGGAACGCUGUGAUUUUUGGGCCUGAUGAUACUCCUUGGGACGGCGGUACGUUCAAGCUGACUCUGCAAUUCACAGAGGAUUAUCCAAAUAAACCUCCAACAGUCCGCUUUGUCUCACGAAUGUUUCAUCCAAAUAUCUAUGCGGAUGGAAGUAUUUGUUUGGAUAUUUUACAAAAUCAGUGGAGUCCUAUAUAUGAUGUUGCAGCUAUUCUCACCUCUAUCCAGUCCCUACUUUGCGAUCCAAACCCAAACUCACCUGCAAACUCAGAAGCAGCUCGUAUGUUCAGUGAGAAUAAGCGAGAAUACAAUCGAAGAGUUCGAGAAAUUGUGGAGCAGAGCUGGACUGCUGACUGAACGUGAUAAAAACGCCACUUACCAUAUCAUGCUGUGAAGAUAUAAAGACUGUUGGUGGUGCAGGUAUAUGUUGUAGGGUGUUCGUGUUGGGGAUCCAUGUACUCUAUAAUCUGCUUUUGCAUGCAUUGUUCCUUGAAGAUUUCUUUGAAUGACUUCUGUCUCCAAGACAGCUACACUCUUGUCAAUUUCUCAAUGUUUUAUCUUAUUUUUUUCAGCUUCCAUGUAACUGUCAAUUUCUCUUUGUGAUAUCUGUAUAGGAAUGUCAUUGUAAUAGUCAUGUCAUAGUGCUCUUAGCGCCGUGAUUGGUGGAGCAGUCCAUUGUAAUUUGGUGGGAUUUUGAAUACUGUGAGUAGCUGCUAGGGACUCUUGUUUUGCUGGACUCGUUGGGAUUUACUGGUUUUUUUGCAUGCCAUCUGGUUUCUAGAC